AUGGCUCUGAGGGAGGCAUAUGGGGACCGGAAACCUCCAGAUAUCACUCGCAAGAUUACAGCUUGUGUGGCAUGUCGUAAGCUGAAGAUCAAAUGUCACAUGACCAAUUCGAAGCCUCCUUGCAGUCGUUGCAAAGGCCGCGGGCUGAAUUGUACGGUGAAUAAGAGCAUUCAGAUGAUUCUGGAGAACGAUAUCACAUGGAAAGAAGAAAUCGAGGAGCGCGUGAAGAGCUUGGAAAAGCUGCUUGCUCGAAAGACCACAUCCAGAAACGACGACGCCCCAAGUGUGCGCCAUUCGUUUGGCCUGGAGAGCCCGAUGCAAGACUCGCCCAUGGCCCUGGCAACAGCAACGCCGUCGUCGGCCGCUGACACCAGUUUGAAUCUUUCGUGCAGCUUGGGCGCUUUCCCAGCGUCUUCCAUCACGGGUCAACCCUUGAGCGAUGCCGGCCAAAGUUCCAACACCAAACCGGACCUCAUUGCUCGAGGACUGCUGCCAGAAGAAGCCGGGCAGGAGCUCUUUGAAUUCUACCACGACCAUCUCGACCGCCACAUCUACAACCUACUGGCCAGAAGCGGAUCUCUGUCCGAAGUCCGGUCACGCUCUUCUCUGCUCACGGCCGCCGUGUGUACCGUUGCCGCCCUCGCUUCCGCCUCACGCCACUACGAGAGCUGCCUCAAGGCCUUCCAAGCUGAGGUGGCUGGUGAGCUGUUCUCCAAAGAUCAUACCUUCGACGACAUCCGCGCCAUGUGCAUUGGGUCCUUCUGGCUGGGAGAAAUCUCAGUCGCACUGUGCGCAUUGGCGGUUCGCUUCAGUUCGGAGCUCAAUCUCCAUCGAUGCAUCACCAAAAUGCCCCACAUCAAGUGGAAGUGCUAUGAACGAACCAGGCUGUACUUUUUGGUCUUCAUCUGCGACCAUCACUGCUCUCUGAAACACGGCCGACCUCCCAUGACGCGCACCAUGCGGUCGCUCCAAAACCCCCGGGCGCUCCUGCGCAGCGAAUUCUCGGUCCCGUCCGACGCGAAGCUCAUCAGCCAUCUCGAGCUCUGGUCCCUGAGCAACCGCGUCUUUGAUCUCUUCGGCGCCGACGUCGGCAGCCCCUUUGAUCCGCACCGGUCCGCCGACUUGGAGCAACUCAGCCACUACUUCGAUGAAUGGCGGCGCCAAUGGACCGACUCGCUCUCUCGCCGAGAUGCGUUGGAUCAGUUUGAGGAACACAACAUGGAUCUGUACUUCUACUCGGCCAAGUUGUGUCUGUUCUCGCAUGUAUUUCGCGGCCCGCCCUCCCGAGCGACAAACACGGGCAUGGCCACCACGCUCGCCCGCAGCGCCACUGAAUGCGCCUUGUCGUUUGUCCGGUGUGUCGCGGCAGGAUAUCAGGCCGCCUCGUUGUUACCAUCGUAUCUGAUCACCAUGGCCGCUUUUGCUUCGGUCUUCCUACUCGGGGCGUCUUCCGCAAAUGCCCAAUUCGUCGACAAGGCCGAGGUUCUCAAGGCCCUUCACCAGCUCUUCGACGUGUUGGAUGAAACGGGGCAGAGGGUGCACCCCUCAAAUCCCUUCCUGGUCGUGGCGAACGGGUUGUCUAUGGCCCUGGGUUCUCGACCAAGGUCCAGUCCCGCCACCCAUCAGCAGCUGCAGGGCGGUGAGAGUGCAGCAGUGCACUCUCCCCCAGCAUUCGAUCUACGACUACUUCCCAAGGACGUUCUGGGCCUUGCAUCGACGCAGAAUAUCGACUGGACAGCGUUCUCCACCGAGUUUGAGGCUGAUUGCGCCGACUUGUGGAACGUGGAUCUAGGUUCUGUCGGAUGA